GUGUGGUUAAUGCUUAGUCGUGCGAUCUUUCGCUUGUCGCACUACUAUCAGCUUAAAACGAAGCUCUGUGCCUGGGAGAAGGACAUUCAGUGGCUUCAUCGUGCUUGGAAAAGCUCUACCCAAGUCGAGCUCUUUUCGCUAGAAUCAAGUGGAAACUACAAACAAUGUGCGGUACAAGUAAGGGCAAAAUACCGGAAGGCCUGCUUUCAGACAGAAUACGUACUGCAGACGGAGGCAAGAUCGAUCAAGUUUGAAAAUGUGGCUGGUUUUGUAGCUCGCGAUUGGUGGUUGAACGACUCGGUGAUUCUGAUGUGCCUUCAGGCAUUGUGUGACGCCCGCAGCGGCGUCAAGCUGAUGAAUAUGCUGGUAAAUAUGGUUGCAUGGCCCGAUACACCUCGCGACAAUGCACAGCAAGUUGAAGACAUCACCAAAAUGAAGUAUGUUGUUCUACCACUCAACACUUCAAACCUCCACUGGAUGUUGGUCGUCGCGCAGAUCAAGUACGACUCGGCAAUCACAGUGUAUUUCUACGACCCUCCCGGUGGGCGUGAUACCCUUCUGGAGCACGAAUGGGAAGAGGGCUUGCUUCCCUUUUUGACGCAGUGGCAUGAUGACUACAAUUUGCAGAUCGCUCGUUGGAAAACUGAAACCCGCCAGUCACAUGAACCUAUCCGCUGA